AUGGCUGAACAAUACGGCGUAGUGCCAGGAACCUUGAAAGACGCUCUCUCUAGAAGCACAUGUCACCAGUGGCACGGAAAGGGUCUCCGUGUGCAAGUGACAAACUCAAAGGUCAUCAAUGAAGCCUCGGCCACCGAAAGAAGAUACAGAUGCGUGUUAUCCGAUGGCAAGUACUCCAUCCAAGGCUUAAUCGAAUCCAAGUGCAAUUCGUCUUUGGAAGCCAAUGGCUUCACCAGAUACUCGAUUGUGACCAUCAAUCACUACACCAUUGCCAAAACUAUGAAGAGAAUCUUGCUUAUUUCCGAUAUCGUAGUUGACGUCCCCAAGGCUGGCAGAAUCGCGUCCGAAGUCACCAGUCUCGACCAAUACUUUGACCAGAAUCCUAGUGAAGACAUUGCCACUGGUGUGGCGGGCUCUACAACUCCUCAGCAACUGACUCCUCAGCCUCAGGCCGCCCAACCUGUGGCUCCACAAGUGAGAGAGAAUCGUCCAUCCUCAGACAGACCCGUCAACCCCAUCGAGUCGUUGUCACCAUACCAGAACAACUGGACCAUCAAGGGCCGUGUGUCGUAUAAGGGAGAUGUGAGAACGUGGUCGAACGCAAAGGGAGAAGGUAAGUUGUUCAAUGUGAACUUUUUGGAUGAGUCCGAUGAGAUUCGUGCCACUGCUUUCAACGAAAUGGCCGACAAGUUCUACAAUUUAUUGGAAGAAGGAAAGGUGUACUACAUCACCAAGGCACGUAUUCAACAGGCAAAGCCUAAGUUCUCUCACUUGAGUCACCCAUACGAAUUAUCCUUAGACAAGGACACUGAAAUCACCGAGUGUUUUGAUACCUCUGACGUGCCCAAGAUUCACUUCAACUUCACUAAAUUGGAUCACAUUCAGAACGCUGACAAGGAUUCCAUCAUCGACGUGAUUGGUGUUGUCAAGACUGUCAACGACGUGUUCCAGAUUACCGCCAAAUCUACAGGAAAGCCUUUCAACAGAAGAAACAUCACCAUUGUUGAUGACUCCAAUUUUGCCAUUGAGGUCGGUUUGUGGAAUGCAACUGCUGUCGACUUCAGUAUCCCUGCUGGUUCUGUCGUGGCUAUCAAGGGAGUGAAGGUGCAAGACUUUGGAGGAAGAUCUUUGAGCUUGACUCACUCGGGAAGUAUGAUGAGUAACCCUGACAUUCCUGAAGCUUACCAAUUGAAGGGCUGGUACGAUAACAAGGGUGUAAAUGAGAACUUCCAGAGCAUGAAGUCCGAGUCCUCGGGAUCUGGCGAGUCGUUGGGCAACAGAAAGACCAUUGUUGAAAGUGAACAAUUGGAAUUGGGAACUAGCGAGAAGCCCGACUACUUUUCCUUGAAGGCAACUAUCAACUAUUUCAAGACUGAUAACUUCUGUUACCCUGCCUGUAACAACGAAGUCAAUGUCUCCUCCAGAGGUCCUACUCCUUGUAAUCGUAAGGUUAUUCAAGAAAGCGACAACUCAUGGAGAUGCGAAAGAUGUAAUUUGACUUACGAAGAACCACACUACAGAUAUAUUUUGAACUGUUCCAUUAUGGAUCAUACAGGCCAGAUUUGGGCCACUUUGUUCGAUGACGAGGCAAAGAAGUUGUUCAACAUGAGUGCCGGAGAAUUGAUGAAAUUGAAGGGUUUGGAUGGAGAUGACAACCACGACUUUUUGACGCUCGUGAACUCAAUUACGAUGAAGGAAUAUAACUUCAGAUUGAGGGCAAAACAAGAGAGUUUUAACGGGAACAUGAGAAUCAGAUACAACGUGAUGUCUAUCAACGAGAUUGAUUUCAAUGCAGAGAGUAUUCAUUUGGCCAAGAAGCUCGAAUCGGUUCUAUAA